AAACGGCCUAGUUUUAAAAUCUUAAAGGCUUCUCUUUCUUGAGCUCAGAGGGCCCAAGAGUCCAGAUCACUGGCCCCUUCAUCCGCAGGACCUGGACACCCAGGACUCACCUCGAUGGAGCUCUGUCGGUCCUUGGCCCUCGUCACUGGCUCCCUGGGCUUGGUGACCAUCCUGAUUGCUCUGAGCACAGAUUUCUGGUUCGUGGCCGUGGGGCCCACCUUCUCGUCUCACUCGGGGCUCUGGCCAGAGAAGUCUCACAGUGAGGUACCAGGCUUCAUCCGCGCCACGCAGAGCCUCAGCAUUCUGGCCGCGCUGUCGGGGCUGGUGUCGGUGAUCUUCCUGAUCUUGUCCUACGUCCCCUCACGGUCCGUUCGAGGCUACGGGCCCCUCUCCUCCUCUAUCAUGGCUUUUGCUGCAGCCAUUUUUGCUGUGGUGGCCAUGGUGGUCUAUACCAGCGAGCGGUGGAACCAGCCUCGACACCCUCAGAUCCAGACCUUCUUCUCCUGGUCGUUCUACCUGGGCUGGGUUUCAGCUGUCCUCUGUCUCUGUACAGGCAGCCUGAGUCUGGGUGCUCACUGUAGUGGCCCCCAGUCUGGCUAUGAGACCUUGUAAGCCAGAGGUGAGCCGGGCAGGAUGAAGCAUUGUUCGGGGAAGACCUCGUCAGGAGCCGCAGGCACCCACAGCCCUCCUCCUAGCCCCUACCCCAGCCCUCCCGCAACCCCGCUGUUUGUUUCUUCAUCCAUUCAACAACAAGUUGCUGAGACCUGG